AUGCUGACUGCAAUAACGGUGGCAGUGGCUGCCGUUUUUGCACAAGAUUCACAAUCGGCCACUUCUACGUCAAGCUACGAUUCAUUACAGUGCCCGUGCCUACGAGCGUCAAACUCUGGAUCAUGCCUCCCAUAUGAUACCCGGUUUCAAGCGACAACUUUGGAAGAGGCGAUGUUGUCUUUUCCUGAUUUGUCAAUUGAUAGAAAUGAAACGGCACCGGAAGAACCAUUACAUAAUUAUGUCGCCACGGAACUUCACGUAACCACUAGGAUUACAACCGUCAGUUGUACAACACAGGAAUGCGAAAAAUGCCAAGAAGAUUUGCGUCUGAAGCUCGAACAGAUUGGUAUGAGGCAGCCAGUUGGAUUGAUGUCACCACCUACUGGUAGCGCAAAUAUGAUCAACGAUGCGACGGCAAAUAGCACUUUUUGUCCCAGAUAUCGAUUUACCAAGAAGGAGACUGGAAUUCGUGAUUAUGGAGAACCACCAAGCGAUAAGAAAGGCGAUGACACUAGUUCUGACAGUUCUGAAGAUAGCGCCGAAAAGAAGACAAAUAAGAAAAAGAAAGAUAAACACGAUCGAACGCGACGUGGAGCAAUUGGUACAUCAAGUACAAUGACCGGAAGUGGUACCAUGAUUGGGACUCGUUUCCCACUCUCGUGCACAACGAAGGGUCUAACAACCGAUACCUCGGGCUAUGUUUCGUUGUGCAGCUCAUGUUGGGUGUGGAGGAAAUUGCCGGAUAAUUAUAAUCCACAAUUCAUCAACGAGCUCGUGUGCGAUGAUUCGGAUUUGACAUGUCUAUCCGGGUACGCCACAUGCACGACGGGACAUCGUACGGUAGAAGUGGUGCGGAAUGAUUCGGGCAUUCAGACGACAGUGACGUUGACGGCCGGCACUUUUUGUGAAUGCAAAUGUUCGGUAAAUUCCGCUGUAGCAGGUCUGGUGACAGGUGGAGGUGUCUCUGGUACUCUCCCGGCUGUGGCGGCAGCUGCCACUACUACCGUA